AUGGUGAUGUUGGUUCCCAAUUCCCUUACCUUAUUUAAAAAUGAUUUCUUUUGUGAAAAUGUGCUUUUUAGGCUCUCAAAAGCUCAAGAUGACUGCAUCAGUGGCUCUUGCCAUCCAAUUGUUGGUGAUCUCCUACUGGGUCGCAGUACCCAGCUUACAGCCUCCUCUACCUGUGGAUUGGAUGGACCACAGAAAUAUUGCAUCAUAGGCUACUUGGAGGGUGAACAAAAAUGUUUCGUUUGCGAUUCUAGAUAUCCAUAUAAUCCAUAUACACAAGCCAACAGCCAUACAAUCGAGAAUGUCAUUACAACAUUUGAAUCAGAUAGAAAAAAGAAAUGGUGGCAAUCUGAAAAUGGUCUUGAUAAUGUCAGCAUCAGACUGGAUCUAGAGACACUGUUUCAGUUCAGCCAUCUUAUAAUGACUUUUAAGACUUUCCGACCUGCAGCCAUGUUGGUUGAGCGUUCUGUGGACUAUGGCCAAACGUGGAAAAUUUUUAGAUAUUUUGCAAAAGACUGUGCUACAUCUUUUCCCAACAUCCCAUCUGGCCAAGCACAAGGAGUAGAUGACCUUGUUUGUGACUCCAAGUAUUCUGAUAUUGAACCUUCUACUGAAGGAGAGGUUGUUUUAAAAGCUUUGGAUCCCAGCUUUGAAAUAGAAAAUCCCUACAGCCCCUACAUAAAGGAUCUAGUGACUCUAACAAACCUAAGGAUAAACUUUACCAAACUACACACUCUGGGGGAUACAUUGCUUGGAAGAAGACCAAGUGAUCCCCUUGAUAAGUAUUACUAUGCUCUCUAUGAUAUGGUUGUUCGGGGAAGAUGCUUUUGCAAUGGUCAUGCUAACAAAUGUGGCCCCACACAAGAUGUCCGGGGAGAUGUCUUCAGCCCACCUGGAAUGGUUCAUGGUCACUGUAUCUGCCAGCACAAUACAGAUGGUCCAAACUGUGAGAGAUGCAAGGAAUUCUUUCAUGAUGUUCCCUGGAGGCCAGCUGAAGGUCUCCAGGAUAAUGCUUGCAGAUCAUGUAAUUGUAAUGACCAUUCGGAACGCUGUCACUUUGAUAUGUCUCUGUACCUUUCAAGUAACAGUGUCAGCGGUGGAGUGUGUGAAGACUGUCAGCACAAUACUAUGGGACAACACUGUGAUCAGUGCAAACCCCUGUUUUACAGAGAUCCCUUCAAAGAAAUUUCAGAUCCCCAUGCUUGCAUUCCUUGUGAAUGUGAUCCUGAAGGGUCCUUGUCUGGUGGUAUAUGUGAAAGUUAUGCAGAUCCAGUCCUGGGAAUUGAGGCUGGUCGAUGCUUUUGUAAAGAUAACGUUGAAGGACCCCAAUGUGACCGGUGCAAGCCUGGAUAUUAUGGACUGAACGCCAAUGAUCCUCUGGGUUGUCAAUCCUGCAAUUGUAACCCCUUUGGAAGUGUACCAUUCUCCACCUGUGAUGUGGUUACUGGCCAAUGCUUGUGCCAACAGUUUGCUACUGGAUCCCAGUGUGAUGAAUGUCUUGUUGGAUAUUGGGGACUUAAAAAUAAUCUACAUGGUUGUUCUCCUUGUGACUGUGAUAUUGGGGGUGCUUAUAGCAACCUGUGUUCCCCUAAUGAUGGGCAAUGUGAAUGUCGUCCUCACGUUAUCGGCCGUCAAUGCACAGAACCAGAACCUGGAUACUUCUUUGUGCCUUUGGAUUUCUAUAUCUAUGAAGCUGAGGAUGCCAUGCCCAUCUCUGGAUCUGCACCUUUGAUACUUGCAACAGCCUUACCUGAAUGUGAAGUGUAUUUCCACAAGCAAGGAGGGAGUUUCACAAUUGAAAGUGGAAAUAUAGUUUUGGAAAGGAAUAAAAUGCAAAGUUCACAGGAACAGAGUGAAGUCACUGGCACUUUUGAUCAUGUUGUCAUCAAAGAUCCUAUUCUUGGAAAACCUGUUACAUGGACAGGACUUGGAUUUUCCCAGGUUCUCAGUGGGACCAGCUUGAGAUUCACCAUCAACAAUAUUCCCUAUGCUACAGACUAUGCUGUUGCAAUUCGUUAUGAGCCUCAGUCUUCAGCUGACUGGACAGCCCACAUGGAGAUUCGCUCUUCUGGACCUUCAAGAAGUGAAUAUUGCAGACAUAAAGCAUACCUACAAGAGCCUCAGACUCUGACCUUACCAGCUUCUGGGAGAAUUGCACUAUUUGCCACACCAGUCUGUCUAGAACCAGACAUACAGUAUUCUAUAGAUGUUCAUUUUUCUCAGCCAUUUAUUAUGAAUUCACAGACUCAUGGACAUAUUUUGAUUGAUUCGCUUGGCCUUAUUCCUCAAAUUGAUUCAGUAGAGAAUUUCUGCAGUAAACAUUUAGAUGAGCACCAAGUAAACAACUGUAUAGAAAUUGCUUCGAAACCACAUCAUCAAAUUUUGCCUGACUGGUGUGAAAGGCUUGUAGUUAGCAUAUCUGCUAGGAUACACAAUGGAGCAGUUGCAUGUAAGUGUCACCCUCAGGGCUCCACAGGGUCAAGCUGCAGCAAAGUGGGAGGCCAGUGUCAGUGUAAACCCCACGUGGCUGGACGCUGCUGUGAUCGGUGUUCUGCAGGAGCCUACGGUUUGGGCCAUCAUGGAUGUCACCCAUGUGAGUGCCAUCCUCAAGGCUCCAAGAGCACCAUAUGUGAUCAGAUAACAGGGCAGUGCUCCUGCCACGGGGACAUUGGAAGUCAUCGCUGUGAUCUGUGCUUGCCUGGUUAUUUUGGAUUUCCCAAUUGCCGUCCUUGUCUCUGCAAUGGUUUUGCAGAACUUUGUGACCCAGAGACUGGGUCAUGCUUCAACUGCAGAGGAUUUACAGCUGGACUUCAUUGUGAAAGGUGCAUCGAUGGUUACUAUGGAAAUCCUCUCUCUGGAAAACCAUGUCUUCCUUGCCAGUGUCCUGAUGUUCCUUCAAGUAAUCAGUAUUUUGCCCAUUCCUGUUAUCAGAAUUCUUGGAAUUUAGAAGUAAUCUGCAACUGUCAGGAGGGUUAUACAGGUAUUCAGUGUGAUGAAUGCUCAAGUGGUUUUUAUGGAAAUCCAAAAAUAUCAGGAGACCUUUGCCUGCCAUGUGCCUGCAACAACAAUAUAGAUAGAACAGACCCAGCAUCCUGCAGCAGGGUAACAGGAGAAUGCCUUAAAUGUUUAUAUAAUACUCAUGGGCCCAAUUGCCAGUUUUGUAAACCAGGUUACUUUGGAUCAGCACUCACACAAAAUUGCAAAAAAUGUACUUGCAAUCCUUCUGGGGUAAAUCAUACUACAUGUGCAACAGGUGAUACAGAAUGCCUAUGUGACCCAACAACAGGAUCCUGUCCUUGCUUGCCAAAUGUCAUAGGUUUGACCUGUAACCAAUGUGCCGAAGGAUACUGGAAUCUGGUCCCUAGGAGAGGGUGUCAGAUCUGUGAAUGUGACCCCCAACAUUCUCACAGUACUCAUUGUGACCAGUUUACAGGCCAAUGCCCUUGUAAAUUAGGCUAUGGUGGAAAACACUGCAACAAAUGUGAGGAAAAUUACUAUGGAGAUCCCCAGGUGCAAUGCAUUGAAUGUAAGUGUAAUAAGGAAGGAACACAAACAGCCAUCUGUGACCAGGAAACUGGUUCCUGCCUGUGCCGAGCAGGUGUCAUGGGCCAUUUCUGUGAUCGUUGUGCCCGGGGUCAUUUCCAGGAAUUUCCCACCUGUCUUCAGUGUCCCUUGUGCUUUGAUCAAUGGGACAAUAAGAUUUCUUCCCUCUCUGAGGCUGUACAAGGGUUAAUUAGGUUGGCUGCAAACUUGGAAGAUAAAAGAGAGACCCUGCCUGGAUGCAAUGCAGACUUCAAACGCCUAGAAGAUAGCAUGUCUGAAGCAGAGAGGAUUUGGAAACAUCCUGUUUUCUCAUCUGGGGAAUUCUUAAACGUCAAGGAUUAUCAUGACUCUGUUAGAACACAGGUUGACCACAUAAGUCAACAAGUGAAUAGAGAGUAUGACUUCCAAGAUCUGAAUGGAACUUUGGUGGGCAUUGGGAAAGAAGUGGAUGAUCUACUACAAGACUUGCAGAAAAAAGUGCACUUGGCCUCCGAUGUCAGCAAUUCCAGCAUCAAUGAUGCCUCAACGAUCGAGAAAUAUUAUCAAAUAUCAUUAUCUGCAGAAGAGAAAAUUAAUGAUACCACAUUUAUCAUAAAACAAUCUGAAAGUACCAGGAAUGAUUUACUUACUAUGAUAGCUGGACUAACCUCAAAAGUAAACUUCUCACGGGAAAAAUUAAAACAGAUCCAGACUCCAGAUAUCCAAAAAUUGAAUGAAAAGGUAUGUGGAAUGCCAGGUAACUCGUCAUAUAUUCUUUCGCCCUGUGGGGGAGCUCUGUGUAAAGAUGCUGAUGAGCACAGGAUUUGUGGAGGUCCAAACUGUAAUGGUUCUCUAACCCUUUCAAGGGAUGCUGCCAAGAGAGCUGAGGAAACUGACUCUAUGAUUAAUAAUCUGACUAACCAGCUACAACUAUCAGAGAAUCAGAUAAGAAACAUAACAAAACUAACUCAACUUACUAAGACCAAAGCCUUGCAGCUAACUGAGAAACUAGAGAGUAUGAAAGACCAACUAGAUCUAGAAGAACAGAGGAUAAAAGCCCUCAUCCACAAAGUAAAGGACUUUUUGCUAGAUGAGAACGUCCCACCGGAAGACAUAGAAAAGGUUGCAAAUCAUGUCCUUGACCUCAACCUCCCAAUAACUUCACAAAAUCUAACUAAAGAGCUUGACAAAAUAGAGUUGCUUAUGAAACUCUGUGAGGACGACCAAGUAUCAGGGAGCAGCUUAAAACUAAAAGUCACAGAAACACAGACACUUUUAGAGAAGUCUAAAGAUGCCGAGGAAGCGGUGAACACCCUGCUGAACCUGGAAGAAAUGCUGAAAAACUUGCAAGGUGCUGAAAGCAUCCAAAGACAAGCAAACUCUGCUGUUAAACAGCUGACUGAUGAGAUACAAAAAAUGGAAAUGACGAUACUGAAGGCUGAAAAUUUCACCAAUAAGACUGAAGGUGAGCUGGAACACAUAUCAAGCCAACAGUCCACAAUGGAAGAUGAAAUCUCUAACCUGCAAACCAAGAUACUAAGGACUCGAGACCAGGUUUUCAGUGCAAAAGCCCAGGCAGAAUCAGCUCAGGAUCAAGCUAAUAUCACUGAAAAGGAUUUCAUUGACCUAAAAAAACAAUUUACAGUUCUUCAAAAUAAGACAAAUACUAAAGGAUCCAAGAAGGGAGCACUCAGUAAAGUAAAGCAGCUAAAAGAAGAAGCAGAAAAAUUGGCAGGAGAGACAGAGGAAAAAAUGCAACGAAUAAAAGAUUUAGAAAAGAAGAUCCAAAUCUUGAAUCAAGCUAAACAAGAGAAAGUCAAUCAACUAAAGCAACUAGAAAAUCAUGUCCUAGCUAUUAAAAAUGAAAUUACCACACAAGAAAAUAAAUAUGCUACUUGCCACAUCUAGGCCAUUUUACAAGGUUAGAGUUACUUCCUUAUAUUCUGGCUGCUGAUUAAAGCCCUCUCCUUAGAAUUAAAGAGCCCUGAAAAUCGGAAUGGCUCUUAGAAGUCAUUUGUCUAACUCCUUCCCAAAGCAGGAAUUUGUAUUUAUAACAGCCACCACACAUGGAGAUCAGAUAAGCAGGGUUGGGGCUGUCUCUGUAACAUCAGUCUGUCUGGAGAUUCCCCACUCUCUGUACUGCUGAUUCUUGGUAUUGAAGUAGGCCAAGGAAUUAAAGCCAGAAAAAUGUCACAUUUUAUGAAAAUAGGAAAGGAAAAACAAAAGAUUUUCAAGAAGCUUUUUCCUCUUGACAUUUUUCCUUUCUGUUUGUUUAAAGGGGGAAGGUGGGGUAGAAAUUAGGUACAUAAAACAAGUAUAUUUAAAUAAGCAUGGAAUUAGAUUUAUGCAAUUUCUGUCAAAUGAACUUUAAUUUUUAUUGAAUUACUAUAUUCAGGAUGGAAACAAUUUCCCUAUAUAAUUAUCUAAAAUGUAAGAGAUUUUUGUUAAUUUCUGUUUGAGCUUAUUGUUCACAUUUAUUCUAACAAAUGCAGGGCAUCCAAAUAAAAUGUUUGUUUCUUAAACAGGAUAACUUACUUUCACAAUACCUUUUAUUCACAAUCAUUCUAUCAAGUAAAGAACUCUUAUGUGAUUCCCCAACUCUUCCCACACAUACUUACAAUUGUAUAGGGUGGAUAUUAAGGAAGUUGAUCUUAUGCUUAGCUACUAAUCAGAAUGUGUUUACAUAUAGCAUUGCUAUAAAUCUUGGCAAUGAUAAAAUCAUGUUUUUAUUUUUAAUUAUGUUAAUAUCAUUUAGUAUAAUAGAUUGGAUUGUCUUAUUUCAAACACAAUCUGUAGUUAAACAUUUAUUGUGGUUCAACUUAUUAAUGCAAUUUAACUUAAUUUACUUACACUGUCUGGAAAACAUCACAUUUCACUUACAUUAUUUGGAAAGUUAGCCUUCUGCUGAAUUAUACUUCAUGGACCUGAUCCAUAUUCUUGUAUGAAAAACACUAUGUACAAACAUAAGCAUAUGGAAGAUGGAGAACAGCUGGACUCUGUCUCUACUGAGAGUGGAGUUAGAGGGAAUUGAUUUAAAUGCAACAUGGUUAGAUACAAAGAAGAAAUUCCUUAUAGUGAGUUUAGCUGAUGGAAACAGGGAAUCUAUUUCCCUUGAGAUCUUGAAGAAUAAAUUUGCAAUAUUUAAAUUUCCUAGGGAAAUUUCUUUGAAUUUCUUUGAGAAGCUGUUGUAAUAAAGCCUUACUAUCAGCAAUCAAAAUUUCAGGCGCUUCAAACAUCUGGAACCUAGCAAUUAACCCGAAGUAAAUAAAAGUGGUCUCUGAGUAGUUUGGAAAAGCAUUGUCUCAAACUUUACUCUGCAGGAGAGACAUGGAACUAACCUGCCAAUAUUCUUAGAACCAUGAAAUAAGUUAGGACUAUCUAUUUAAAAAGUGUGGUAUCUGGCUUCCCUGGCAAGGUUCAAUUUUUCUUGGAUUGAAACUGCACAUUUCAGCAGAGCAUCCGGGAAGAGAGAACUGCUGCCCAAAACCAAUGCACCAAGAGGUAAUAACUGAUAAUGGGAGUUGACAUAGAAUAAUAUCAACUAACAUUUUUGUAAUGUCUUAAAGUUUGCAAAAUCCUCUCUAUUUGUUAUCACUUUUGAUUCCCACAAUAAUCCUGUGAAGAAGAUGCUACAGGUUAUUUUCAUGUUCCCAUUUUACAGAUGAGGAAAUUGAAGCUCAGAGAGGUGAAUAGCUAUUAAAUGUCAGAAAUGGGUAUUAAAUUCAGACCUUCAUGACUGCAGGUUCACAUCCCAAUAUCAACAAUAUUUGAUUGCCACUCAAGAAUCACUAGUAACUAGGCACCCACUAAAAUCCAAAGGAUAAAUUAAGCCUUAUUGUACUAUUUAGUAGCCUCUGUAUUAUGCUAUUAUGUAAUAUAAUAACUAACAUUUACA